AUUUUGGCGGUCCUUGAACUCACCCUAGUUUGUUUACAUACAUAACUUUCUCCGACUUUCUCAGACGAGAUUUAUGCCACUUUUUUUUGGUCCCAUUUCGUCCACCAAACUUAUGACUUUGCGCAUGAAUGCACAAAGCACCGACGUGGCUGGUCAUGCAAACGAGGUUUUGUACACAAAAGCAUUUCGUGCUCGCUGACGUCAACAAGACACACUUUUGUUAGCCGUCACCAUGGCAACACUUGCCGCGUAGUAGAGGCGAAGUCUGGCCCCUGCACCGGACCACGGACCACGACCAGGACUAAGAUUUGACGGCGGUCACGUGACAUCCGAGAGCGUCCUCCGCCACUUCCUGCGAAGACACGUCCAGUUCACCAUGUUCUCCCCGAAGCAGGCAGCGCUGCAGAGACAGAAACAGAACACGCUCCGAGAGCGGGCUCAGGAUUUCUCCAGCGAGUGUCACACCUGGGACAUAAAGAGCUCAUGGCUGCAGAGUUCAGACAAACGCCACCUGCGGCGAACCAUCGAGAGGAGCGUCAGGGACACGAUGAGGCAACAUGAGAUCAUCGUCCAGGAGAAGCAGGACAGGCUCAGGAGUUUGUUGGAGGCCGAAGAGGAGCAGCUGCUGGAGGAGGCCCGCAAGCGGCACGAGACGCCGCUGGAGAAGCAGGCACACAUGCGGGAACGAGCCAAAGCUCUGCGCGACGCACGGGAGGUGAAACGGCAACAGUUGGCGGCCGAAAAACUGGAUCAGCAGUUCAGGGAGCAGUGCCAGGAGCUGCGCGAGGCCCAGAGCAAGCGCAGGCUGCUGCAGGUGUGCAAGGAACGUACCGAGCAGCUGCAGGGUCAGGAGGAGCUGGCCCAGCUGCAGCGGCAGGAGGACGACAUGUACCACCAGCUGUGGGAAGAGGACGGCCGAGCCAAGGAGGACAGGGAGCGGCAGAGAAUCGAGCACCUGCACCAGAGCAAAGUGAUACAGCUGAACUCCUUCCGGGAGCAGAUGGCGGAAGCGGAGCAGCGGCGGCAACUCAUGAUGCAGCAGCGCGACGAGGAAGCUCGGCAACAGAGGCAGCGACAGCAGCUGCAGCAGCAACUGGCCCAGCGAGAACGCCGCCUCAGGUUGGAGGCCAAGGUGGCCCGGCGGCAAAUGCUGGACGAGACCCUGCGGCUGAAGAUGGAGCGCAUGGCCAAGGAGCAGCAAGAGGAGCUCCAAGUGGACCUCAGCAUCCUGCAGCGGAUGCUGGACGACGAGAGCCAGGACCAACAGGAUCGGGCCGACAAGAAGGUGGCGCUGCGGGACGAGCAGCUCCGGUUCCGUCAGUAUUUGUCCGACCGGCAAAUGGAGCGCGAGAAGGAGAUGAAGGAGAUGGAGCUGCUGAUGGAGGAAGACCUGAAGGAGACCUGGGCGCGCCAGGACAAGCAGACCUCCAUGCAACAAGAGGCCAGAGACCGCCUGAUGGAGGAGGUGGUCGAGUCCCGCCAGCUGCAGACGGCACACAAUGAACACAUGAAGAUGCAGAGGCGUCAGGACAUGGCCAAGGAGAGAGAAGAGAUUGAUGCCGCCUUCAAUGAGAUGAAAAUGGAGGAGGAGGACCUGAAGAAGAGGCAGAGGCAGGCGUACCUGGCCCACCAGGCGGACCUGCAGGAGCAGAUGGAGCAGCAGCGGCAGCAGAAGAGAGACCAGGAAGCCGAGGACGAGAGGCAGAGGCAGCAGGUUCUGACCAUGCAGCGACAGGAGCAGGAGAAGAAGGAGGAGGUUCUGGCCCGACCCACUGACGGCGCCAUCCACCCUUUUAGAAGACUCAAGAAUCAUUAAGAGGAGCAACACAAACACAUCUUAUUGUGAAAGGGUCCUCUCAGGAAGUUCUCCCCUUUUAGCAAAACAACAAGGACUUUAUUCAUUAUGCUAAUGAAUGCAGCUAAUGUAGUUUGGUUCUUCGCACACAUUGGCGUGACAUUUGUGAGGAGUCUGGUAAAGUUGGAGAAAAGUGGAAAUUUUGACAUUUUUUUUUUAUUUUUUCAAGCAGACGACGUGAAAUGUAAAGUCGUCAAGUUGUCGGCAUGAAAUAUCAAAAGAAUACAAGGCCGGUGUUGAAAAUGCCGAUAUUUUAAUUGACCAUCCUUCAAUCGUUUCGGGAUUUUGUCUUUGUUCAUAAUUAUGACGAAUAAAAUGUUUUUAAGCUCA